AUGGGAUCAUCCGCCCAAACGACGCCUGCUCCCUCUCGCGUCCUCAAGCGGUCAACACCAAGUACACAGAACAUGAACAAGACCCAAAAAUCCAUCUUGGGAUUCUUCCAGCCUAAAUCGUCUCCUUCGGCUCCAUCAACCUCCCAGCGAAGUUCCACUCUCCCAGCAUCUUCUCCGUCUGGAGCCAGUCCACUCAGCGAAACAACCACCAGCUCGGUGAGAGCCAAAUUUUCGAAGCAGAGGCUAGAUGAUGAUCAAAAUAUUACUCCAGUUCCGAGUAGUGAUGCAAUUGAACCUCCCGAAGAAGACACGCCGACCGCUGUGAGGAAAACAUCUGCAGGGAACCAUGAGUUCUCUACCUCUAACACAUCCAGCAGACGGGCGAGGACGGCGGUUAAAAGUUAUGAAGAAUCUGAGGACGAGGAUGUUGUCCAGCCGGGGAGAAGAAACGCACGGGGGCGGUCUCAGAAGCGAAGAAGACCUGGGGAUCUCAGUAGUGACGAAGAAUGCUUUAAGCCCGAUGAGGAUGAUGACGAGGAUAAAUACAUAGAUGAUACUGACGACUUCGUUGUCCCAGACGAUGAAUCAGAAGAAGAAUUGAAGUCAUCUAGGAAACGAAAGCGUCCUUCAAAGGCACCGUCUAAGAAAGAAUCCAGCAGCCCGCCACCUAUUCCUGGUGAUGACAUGGACUUGGAGAUCCCUCAGUGCACGUCUGCUUCCACCCAAAAGUGGCGCUAUGACCCCGACAAUGUAGAACCAUACCAGCCUCGAAAAACCCUAGUCAAACCAGAGACACACUCCAGUAGCAAACAAAAAAAGGCCCAUAUGACGGAGCCAGAAAAUCGAUACCCAUGGCUUGCUAAUAUUAUGGAUAUGGAUAAAAAUCCACUUGGUCAUCCUGACUAUGAUCCCCGUACUUUAUACAUCCCACCUCUAGCCUGGACCAAAUUUUCGCCAUUUGAAAAGCAGUAUUGGGAGAUCAAACAGAAAUUCUGGGAUACCAUUGUAUUUUUCAAAAAGGGGAAAUUUUACGAGCUAUAUGAAAAUGAUGCCACUAUAGGUCACCAACUUUUUGAUCUCAAACUUACGGAUAGAGUCAAUAUGCGUAUGGUCGGAGUUCCCGAAAUGAGCCUUGAUCAUUGGGCCAACCAAUUCGUUGCAAAAGGAUUCAAGAUUGCUCGCGUGGACCAGUCGGAGUCUGCAUUAAGCAAAGAAAUGAGAGAACGUGAAGAUAAAGGCAAUAAGAUGGGCAAAGCACAGAAGGAAGACAAGGUCAUAAAACGAGAGCUAGCAUGUGUUCUGACCACUGGAACCUUAGUGGAAGGGUCAAUGAUUCAGGGCGAUAUGUCCACAUACUGCGUGGCAAUCAAAGAGGCUAUUAUUGAUGGCUUACCAGCCUUUGGUAUAUCGUUUGUCGAUACAGCUACCGGACAGUUUUUCUUAUCUCAGUUCGUUGACGAUGUGGAUAUGACAAGGUUCGAGACCUUUGUUGCCCAGACCAGACCUCAGGAAUUGUUACUUGAAAAAUCUGCUAUGUCUACCAAAGCCCUCAGAAUAUUGAAGAACAAUACCGGCCCAACUACUCUCUGGAAUUACCUGAAGCCUGGGAAGGAAUUCUGGGAGGCUGAUGUCACCGUUCGGGAACUUGACGCAGGUAGCUAUUUCGUUUCGGAAGACAAAAACCAUGCAUCCGCCUGGCCGCAAGCAUUGCAAGACGCUCGAGAUAAAGAUUUGGUCAUGUCUGCUUUUGGGGCUCUUUUACAGUACCUUGAAAUGCUAAAAACUGGACGAGACCUCAUCACCAUAGGAAAUUUCACUUGGUACGAUCCAAUUAAGAAAGCAUCCAGUCUCGUACUGGACGGGCAGACCCUAAUCAACCUUGAAAUAUUCGCAAACACAUACGAUGGCAGCUCGGAAGGAACACUGUUUCAACUACUCAACCGCUGUGUUACGCCGUUUGGGAAGCGGUUGUUUAAACAAUGGGUUUGCCAUCCCCUGAUGGAUAUCAAGAAGAUCAAUGCCCGGCUUGACGCUGUUGAGUCCCUGAAUGCAGAUAGCACAGUGCGUGAGCAAUUCUCGUCACAGUUGACCAAAAUGCCGGAUCUUGAACGGCUUAUAUCUCGAGUGCACGCUGGUACAUGCAAAGCCCAAGACUUCGUACGUGUACUUGAGGGAUUUGAACAAAUCGAGUAUACAAUGGGUCUUCUGAAGGAAGCUGGGUCUGGUCAUGGGUUAAUCGGCCAAUUGAUCUCUGCCAUGCCGGAUCUCAACGGUCUCUUGAAAUUCUGGGAGACGGCAUUUGACCGCUCUAAGGCUAGAGAAAGUGAUAUCUUAGUCCCAGAGGAAGGCAUUGAGGAAGAGUUUGACGCAUCCAAAAAGAAUAUUGAACAAUUGGAGGAUGAAUUAGAGCAGGUACUACAACGGACCAGGAGGGAGUUAAAAUGUUCAACCAUUGUUUUCAAGGAUAAUGGCAAAGAAAUUUACCAACUCGAGGUUCCCAUUAAGAUCAAGAACAUACCAAAAUCCUGGGACCAAAUGUCCGCCACGAAGCAGGUUAAGCGAUAUUACUUCCCUGAGCUAAGAGCAUUGAUUCGAAAACUACAGGAAGCUCGCGAGACACAUGCUCAGGUUGUGAAGGGUGUUGCUGGCAGAUUUUAUGCUCGAUUUGACAAAGAUUACUCGAGCUGGCUUGCAGCUGUAAAGAUAAUCGCCCAGCUUGAUUGUCUGAUUGGAUUAGCCAAAGCUUCCACUGCACUAGGACAUCCGAGUUGUCGUCCUACGUUUGUCGAUGAUGAGCGCAGUGUACUUGAUUUCCAAGAACUCCGCCACCCCUGUAUGAUGCCCAAUGUUGGAGACUUCAUUCCUAAUGAUGUCAAACUGGGAGGGGAUACAUCAAAUAUUAACCUUCUGACUGGCGCAAACGCAGCAGGAAAGUCUACAGUUUUGAGAAUGACUUGCACGGCGGUUAUCAUGGCACAAAUAGGUUGCUAUGUCCCUUGUGAAUAUGCCCGCCUAACUCCGGUUGAUCGCAUUAUGUCCAGGCUUGGGGCUAAUGACAACAUAUUUGCUGCUCAAUCCACCUUCUUUGUCGAGCUUUCAGAGACCAAGAAAAUUCUCUCUGAAGCAACUCCCCGUUCCUUGGUAAUAUUGGAUGAACUAGGCCGUGGAACUAGCUCUUAUGACGGUGUUGCCGUGGCACAAGCAGUACUUCACCAUGUUGCUACUCAUAUAGGCGCUCUAGGUUUCUUUGCUACUCAUUAUCACUCACUCGCAGCUGAAUUUGAGGGACACCCUGAAAUUGCUGCUCGCAGAAUGCGGAUUCAUGUCGACGAUGCUGAAAGACGUGUGACUUUCCUCUACAAACUCGAAGAUGGGGUCGCCGAAGGCAGUUUUGGAAUGCACUGUGCCUCAAUGUGCGGCAUCCCAUCCAAGGUGGUUGAAGGUGCAGAAGUCGCUGCGAAGCAGUGGGAACACACAAGUCGGAUGAAGGAGAGUCUAGAGAAACGAAAAGGUGGUGGACUGAUUGGCCUGGGCUGGUGGAGUGAUGUUUCCUGGAUCUUAAAGGAGUCUGCGCAGGCAACUGAUGAGGCUACUCGGUCAAAAAAUGGUGACCGUGGAGUUGAGAUACUCCUCAAGGCCAUUGAAGCGUUAUAA